AUGGUCGACUCCGUAAAGGAUAUUGAUAAGAAUAAAAUAUCAAUUCUUCUGGUUGAGACUCAGCGGUGGUACCGGGCGAACAUGGCAGAGGUCAGACAGACUCUCUCCAUCAGGCUUUCUGAGAUCAGAAAGUCUAAGCGAGCAGCUCAUUGGCAGACCGGCCGCGCACAAGUGAUGGCGCCCUCUGCAUGGCCUAACUUCUCGCAGAAUGGAUCCAUGCCGCGUUACAUGUCCGACUCGCGUUAUUUCGCGGGACUACCGCUCGGAAGAGGGACCUUAGCACUUGAGGCGCCUGAGUUUGCGUCGCAGAUAAGAGAGAUGGACUCUUAA